UCACACAAGGAGGGAGAGGAACACUAAAUCAAACCAGACAGACGGGAUGAGCAGAAGGUUAAGUGGAAGAAAGCAGAGAGGCAAAAGAUUAACACUCUUGAGAGAGAGCGUGUGAGAGAACAGCAGAAGGUGAGGGUGAAGUUAACAGGAAGGGAGAGAUAUGAGGGGCCAGCUCUUGAAGUCACUUUUCUCUUUGUUGAUCACUUUGUUCUGUUUGGGGAGCCUGCUGACCACUUUGAUCUGGUGCAUGUAUGACGACAACAGCAAUGUGGAACCUCACAAACCGCCUCCUCAAAAGAAAAGCGCCCCUCAGCCCUCUGACCUCUGUAAAGGCUGCAGGGAGGUCAUCGAGAAAGUAAAAGAGCGUUACUCUCAACCCUGGAAGAGGCAGGAGUACAAUUACCAAAAACUCAGAUAUCAGUUGAACAGCAACUGCCAUGGUUUUGACAAGGCCAUCAUUACCCAGGCCAACACUCCGGUGGGAUCAAAGGUUGUGUACGACGGGGAAAAGAAGAGGACCCUCCUCGUGACACCAAAGAUUUUCAGCACCUUUGCAAAGGAGCAUCCUUUCCCAAAUAAAACAUGGGACACAUGUGCUGUUGUUGGUAAUGGAGGGAUCCUGACCGACAGCGGCUGUGGAAAAGCGAUUGAUUCAGCUCAGUUUGUUAUCAGGUGCAACCUUCCUCCUUUGGAAAAUGGCUAUGAGAAACACGUGGGCAUCAAGACUGACCUUGUGACAGCAAACCCAAGCAUCCUCAUAGAGAAGUAUGAGGCUCUAACUGGGCGUCGCCGUCUGUUUGUGGAGAGUCUGCGUAGCUACGGCAACUCUCUGUUGCUCCUUCCCGCCUUCGCCUUCGGCUUCACCACUCCUGUGUGCCUGCGGGCCGUCUACACCCUUGAGGACUUUAAAAGCCCCACCCGGCCCGUCUUCUUCAACCCGGACUACCUCCAGAGUCUGUCCCUCUUCUGGCGCGCUCAAGGCCUACAAGCAGUGCGGCUCAGCACCGGCAUAAUGAUGGCUAGCCUGGCACUGGAACUCUGUGCCAAUGUGCAUCUGUAUGGGUUCUGGCCCUUCAGUAAUCACCCACAUGGACUCUAUGCCCUGACUAACCACUACUACGAUGACAAAAAAGUUAAUGUUGCAUUCCACGCCAUGCCGGCUGAGUUUGACCUCUUGUUGCGGCUGCACAGUCAGGGGGUGCUCAAGCUUCACCUGGGAGAUUGUCCACCAGGUGAAAAGUAG